AUGACAAAGCGGUCAAGACUCGUGCAAUCGAUAAACGAGGAUCUCUGCUUGCAAAUGGACCAGCUACAGCUUCAUGUUAUACAGAAAGAAGACACAAUAGAGGAACUUCACACCAGGUUGGAGAACACAAACAUAUUUCUGAGGCAUCUUACGUCACUCGAGCUUCGUUGUGACUUCUUGGAGAAGCAGAUAGCCCAUUUAGAAGGUGAAGAUGCCUCAGCAAAGGAUUCGGAAAUCCUGGCAACGAGAAAUUUGGGGUUGCACGAGUUCAGAAUGUGGAAAGAAAACAACAUUAACAGGAAAACAGUCGAGACAACAUUGGAGAAUCUUGCGAGGGAGUACGACUACCUUACAGAGCAGCUUCAGCAGGCAAAUCAGGCCUGUGCUACCAAGGAAGAUGAAGAUGAAGGAAGGACAAAUGUGUCGUCUGUGGACGAUACGUAUACUGAAACGUCGAACGACGCGUCAAUAUUUUCAACGCUCAACGACUCGAACGCCUCUUCUUCGUCCAUUGAGAUCACAAAUGCUGGUUGCAACAACUAUAACGAGCAGGGCUCGGUUGGAAGGUGGAAGAAGUGCCAAAAGCCGCAGAAGAACGAGAAGAAGAGACAUUUACUCAAGAUGGAGAGCUUUCUCACGAUUCCGUACGAGCAGAAAAUUGUCCAGAACAAGCCGAGAGAUGUUGAGAAGCCAUAUCUAAAGCAUUUCAAGAUAUCAUCUCUGCAAUCUGGAGGAAAUGGCAGGACUGAAAGUGGUUCUAGAAUUGUUUCAACGUCGACAACAGUCUCAGAAGCCUCAUUUCCACCUCGAAGCAGCGGAAAAUGGCAUUUGCCAAUACUAAACGUGGCAGCUGAAGAUUCAGAAACGGAGGAAAAUGACAAAACACUGACCGAAGAUUACCAAUCCACAGUGGCAGAAGACACAUCGAGCUUUAUUGGCUCACUAUGCUCUUGCACUCCGCACUAUACGCAUAGGAGACAUCUCUCCAUGCCUGGGACGAACGAGAUGCCGGAGUUAAUCUUUGGUGAUGCUGAGGGGAAUUCUAAGAAUGCAUUCACAGAGGUGUCGACUGGAAAUAUACAAGGCUACAUUCACCAGCCUAACGGAGAGGAAAAAGCCGAUAGUCAGCGGCUGGACUUCAAGUGGCUUCUUCGGAAGAAAAGAGACCAAGAUAAUGAGUUUCUUGGCACCUCACAAGGGGUAUUAAGGCACUUUGUUUCGCAGGAUACGGGGUUGAAUUUGAUACACAGGGGUGGAAAAAUUGGCAGGUCCAAUAUUGGGGAUUUCAUGAGACCAAAAAUUUCGUGCGACGAGGAUUCGUACGAGCAGGGAUAUGCAUCUGAUGAUUCUUAUGGGGAGGAAGUUGCGAGACCGCUGAUUUUGGAGAGUGUAGAGGAGGAGAGUGAUCCAUAUUAUGCGGAGGGUAAUUCACAUUAUGUGGAGGGAAAUUCACUUUAUUUGGAAGGAGACUCAGAGGAAGACCCUCAUCAUUUGAAGAAAGAUACUAAUCACGUGAAUAAGAAGAAUCCACAAUACUCGGAUGAUCAACACAAUUCUGCAGAGACUCCACCUAUAAGGUUUAAGGACGAUACAGGGAUCAUCAUUCCAUUUAAAGCAGCUGCUACAAUCAGGAAAUCACACUCACACGAGAGCAUAUUCGACGAUUAUCAAAUGGAGCAGGAAAAGCACAGACUAGAGAUGCAGAGUAUGGACCUCAAGUCGCAGACUCUAAAAUGGCUUAAACCAUGCACACCGGUUGUUUCAUCAACUCGGGAAACUGUGCGUGGCAGGGGUGAAAUCAUGCCGAAGUCAAGAAGUGUAUUUUGCCGUUCGAAAGAGGAAACAUCAGCAAAUAUGGAAUGCCAAAAACAAGCGGAAACUUCUGGAGAUACCAAAAAAUGCCAUAUGGAGGCAGAUACAAGAAAUAUUCCACAAGCAACGAAUAUUCCACAAGCAACGAAACAAAUUGCACCGAUAGCAAUAAGCCUUCCGAAUAGAGGGCUGGGAAGAAAGACUGGCUCCACAUUGACUGCGGAAUGUUUAACAUCUGCGUCAACAAAAAGGAGCCGUUGGUGGCAGAGUAUGAUUCCAAACUCUGCUAUUGUGGUUGCGGAAACAGGCACGCUAAUAAAUAGACGAGCUUCACGUUCUCUUGCAACGAAUUGCAGCUCGAGUUACAAAUCCAACCGGUUCGCUUCUUCAUUUUUGAGACCCCAGGCUGCAAAUAUGAAUGGAUCUUUCUCGACGAUGGUUAUUGGCCAUAAUGGCAGUCGGAUGAUCAGCCAUGGGUUUGGUUCUGAAUUCAACUCGAGUGUUGUUAGUUCAGAGGUGAAUCAGGAUGAUCUUCAAGAUGCUUUGGAGGGUGAUAUAGGGAAGAAUUGUUUUGGGUAA